CCAUUUUUAGGUUAGGAUUGAUUGUUGACAGUUUCGAAUGUAUUCACGCGUUUGAUCAUUUGAUUAUCAGUGAUAAUUGAUUAUGGAGGACGAAGAGGGACCUAAGGAAUACCGCUGGGAGACAGGUUACGAGAAAACAUGGGAAGCGAUCAAAGAGGACGAUCAUGGGGGUCUGGAGGCCUCUGUGGCCGACAUCAUCCACAAGGCCAAGAGGAAGAGACAGUUGGAGAAGACUGGGAAUACCAGGCUGGGUAUGAUGAGGCAUCUGUUCAUUAUUUUGGAUGCCUCGGAGGCCAUGGGGACACAGGACCUCAAACCCACAAGACUUUUAUGCUCAAUAAAGCUUUUAGAGGAUUUCAUUGAUGAAUUCUUUUACCAAAAUCCCAUUAGUCAACUCGGAUUAAUUAUCACGAGGAAUAAGAGAGCUGAGAAGCUGAGUGAACUGUCAGGAAAUUCGAAGAAACAUAUAAAGGAAAUUCAGAGUCUGGGUCAAUCCACCUCUAUUACUGGUGAGCCCUCUCUCCAGAAUUCCUUGGAGUUGGCCCUGAAGUCGCUAAAGAACCUUCCUUCACACGCCAGCAGAGAAAUCCUCGUGAUCAUAGGAUCCUUGACGACUUGCGACCCUGGAGACAUUACUGAGACGAUUCAGACUUUGAAAACCGAAGGGGUGAGAUGCAGUGUCAUAGGUCUAGCUGCAGAACUCCAUGUCUGCAAGAGACUGGCCACUAGCACAGGUGGCGAGCAUGGAGUAGUUCUUGACGACAAACACUUUCUCGAGCAACUGAAAGCCCACGUGGACCCACCUCCAGCUGCCACGAGGCUAGAGGCUGCCCUCGUGAAGAUGGGAUUUCCACAUCAUGCCCUUCACACCACAGCUGCUGAUACAGCGAUGAGUGUGUGCAUGUGUCAUGCCGAAAAUACAGACGAAGCAGCAAAGUUGACGUCCGCUGGCUAUUUGUGUCCCCAGUGUUUAUCAAAGCACUGUGAAUUGCCAGUUGAAUGCAAAUCCUGUGGAUUGACUCUAGUCUCUGCCCCCCAUCUGGCAAGAUCCUAUCACUACCUAUUCCCUGUUGAGCCGUUCAAGGAAAUUCCUAUCCAGGAAACCUCAAACCACUGUUACGGCUGUCAGAGACGUUUUUCAGAGCUUGAUAAGAAGGUUUACACUUGUGAUAAGUGCAGCCAGACGUUCUGCCUUGACUGCGAAAUAUUUAUUCACGAGUCAUUGCAUACGUGCCCAGGAUGCGCUACUAAUCCCGAAUCAUUUAAAAAACCAAUAACAAGUAAUUGAUACUAAUUAAUAGUGUACGGUAAAG